CGGAGCAGGAGACAACAUCGUGCAACUGCCAGUCUAGCUCUGUUUAGCUCCUUAGACCUGAGGCUCUCAACUUUAGGAUCACAUUCAUGGCGCAAAGUCUCAUGUAUUGAAAUUUACACUGCCACCGAAAUACGCCAACGGGAAUGGGUGUCUUCAAGUUCAAACUUCUCCGCGAGCCGCUUUGGUGUGGUCACUGCUGCGACCACGAUUGGUACGAUAUCCACAAACCUCCCUUCCCGACAUGAGCCAAGUUUUGGGCAUUGAUCAAUAUCAAUGUUGGGAGAUACUUAUUGACUUAUUGAGAAAGUCGAAGCUCUACCAAAAGUUCUUAGUCUCCCGUAGUCAGACCCUUGGCUGCGGGUGACGAGUCUCGAUGCUUCAGGCGUUCAUUUUCUUCAUCCCACGCCUGGCCCUUGGUGUCUGGUUGUUGACGCAAUUGAAUGAGUACAGCUUAUGUCUUGAACUCUCGACCAUGGGCCUCGUGCUAUAUCCUGCGAUAAAGCGGAUAACUGACUGGCUGCAGGGCUUGGUGCGUUGUACCAAGUUCCGAGAUUGUGGUUAUUACAUUGGGGCUGCAUGCCAAGGAUACUGCUUACGCCCGUCAAGACGGAGACGGUCGACUACGGUUAUAUUUGAAUUUUAGAGACCAGAUCCGACCAUCAUUGAUUUUCAUCGGUGCGGCCACGGGGGCACUUCACCUUGCCCGACCCCUCGCCAGGACUGACUUCGAAAGUAAGAACAAUUACGACGCUACCCACCUCAACAACGCUUGGUUUGGCUUCUGAGCUUAGGCGGGAGCUAUGGUAGACUUCGUUGUAAUGACUUUAGAUGCUAGAUCAACGACAUUUGUUUCCCUUUGAUUUUUACAUGUUAUCUAGAUCUUCAAUUUCUAUACAAUGAUCAGUGUACAUUCUCACGCGCACGAGGGACACGAUGUUUUGGACAAAUCAUAUCCACGUAAGCUGGGUGUCGACAGGUGUAGGUUGGUGUUUC